CGCUCCGCAGGUCCACGCUGUUGUCAUAUGAGAUCAGAAAGCGACGCCCCUCUCAUUCUUGCGUUAUUGAUAGUGGGAUAUGAAACAGCUUCAGUUGCGCGAACUUAUUUUCACUCACAUCUAAGUUCUGAAUGAACGUGGAUUCAUCGGGCAGCCCAGCGUUAGUGCCAAAUGCCAGAGCUGGAAGCGCAGUGCUGGCACUGUUCGUGUCCGACAGGAACGAAAGCUAAGAGCACCCCAGGCGUAACCUCCAUAGCCUCGGCGGCGGUAAUGAUGGCCGCGGUCUCAGCCCCCCUGAGCAGCGUCCGGGACACUCUGCGCCGCGUCCAGGCGACGCACUUGAUCAGGCAGGGCCUUGUGCUUUUCGCCGUCGGGGUCUUGUUGGCGCUGGUGCUGAAUUUGCUGCAGGUACAGAGGAACGUCACCUUAUUCCCGGAGGAGGCCAUGGCCAUCCUGUUCUCGUCGGCAUGGUGGGUUCCACUUUGCUGCGGCACAGCUGCUGCUGUGGUCGGUCUGCUGUAUCCGUGCAUCGACCGACACCUGGGGGAGCCACACAAAUUCAAGAGGGAGUGGGCAAGCGUCAUGCGCUGCAUCGCAGUGUUUGUGGGCAUCAACCACGCAAGCGCCAAACUAGACUUUGCCAACAACGUCCAGCUGUCUCUCACCCUGGCGGCCCUCUCACUGGGUCUCUGGUGGACUUUCGACAGGUCAAGGAGUGGCUUUGGUCUGGGCAUUACCAUCGCCUUCCUAGCAACGCUCGUCACACAAGUGCUGGUCUACAACGGUGUCUACCAGUACACCUCGCCAGAUUUCUUGUACGUUCGCUCCUGGCUCCCUUGCAUCUUCUUCUCUGGCGGAGUCACGGUCGGAAACAUCGGGCGGCAGCUGGCUAUGGCCAGUGCUGAGAAAUCCCACAACGACUAAGGAAAACGGUGUCUCUCAUCCCAGUGGGGGGCUGGGUGCUCUGGGAAGAUUCCUGUAUGUGCAGUUUCCCCUGGAAGGAGAUUAUGGAUGAAGAUCCACGUUUUUCAUGUCGAGUUCCUCUUUUCUGGAGACUUUUAGAGGACUGUGCCAAUUCCGGAGCCGACUGUUGGAACAUUAGCGUCUCCUUGUGGCCAAACCAUGUGUCUUUUUCUUUUUUAAUUAUUUGAUCUUGGUCUAAACCUAUCCACAGUGUUUGCUCUCAUAUUAUGUAUAAGGACGGGUGUUUUGUGAAAAGAAUGGCACUACAAAACUUCUGAUGUUGAGCACGGAGCUGUCUGUCAAAAAGGAAACUUUUAAGGGCGAUUCUGCUGUUGGCGUGUUAGCGCCCCCUACCUUAGCGCAUCCUGACAUACAGACUUGUGUGCUGCGUUAGUGGGGUGUGCGUCUGCUGAGUUCUGAGCUGUCUCCACCCUGGCGCCGCACGUGUUGACGAAAGGCCGCUCUUCUGAGCAGACCUGGGCCUGUGGUGGCAGGGGGCGUGUUUCCGGAACCAGACUGACGCGUGAGGGCCAAUUGGGGCAACCGCAUUGCUCCAGGUUCGACGGCAUAGGGUGCAUCUGCCCUGCGAUCUGCAGUCUGUGAUUGCCUUUGUAAUAUAACUGAGUGCUUUUGUCACUGUUGAAGUUUCAUAAAUUGUAAAUAACACAUUUAUGCAGAGCUUCCGCGUAUAAGAAAAACAAAGACGUAGUUUGUGUCGGGGCCUCGUUAACCGGGGUCACCGUUAUUGUACAAGUGUGUCCCUGUCCUGUAUCAUUUUUUAUGUUCCUGUGUUUCUGUCACUCAUUACAUGCAGGCUGGACGUAAACUGUGUCAAAAAAUCUGGUCAGAAUAUCUUUGUCUUGCCCUGGAGGUAAAGGAUAGCUAGUAUUUUUUUGGUUCCCGGUUCUCUGCCCGAUGGUGUGUCUGACCCACGUGUAUAUGGGUGACUAACGUCACUAGACGUGUCUCUCGUGACAGAAGAGACUGCCAUCUGUCCCAUGUCUGAGGAUGAUUCGUUCAGUCUGUGGCCAGUGAUGGGACUUGCCUGCUCUGCUUAAGGUGUUGGGGGGGGCUGGAUGUUCCACUGCCCUCCGCCCACCGUGUCUCUGCAUCAUAGCUGGGCUGCAAUGGUCUCUGGAGAGCCUGGUCCGGUACUCAAGCCUUUGAAUCUUAGCUGAUUGGAUGGAGCAGCUUUAGGUAACGUUACAGCUGUAAGAGGCGUAAAUUCAGGUCUUAACCACAGGCGACAAGGAAAAGACUAAGUUUUUCUUAAAUCGGUGUGGUGUUUAUUGUCCAGCUUUAAACUGUGUAUUCUUUCUAUUACCUUGAUUUCAAGGAACUGAAUAAACAUAAACAAACAUU